CAAUGCAGUUUGGCUGUACACGUCGCGCCACCUAGCAGCGGCGGUGAGCACCCGCGGGUAGGCCUUCGCCGCCGCGGCACCUUUAUUCGUACUACGCUCAAGCACGCCUGACAGCCUCGUUUUCCAAUUUUGCAAUGGAUUUACCGCUGCCUUUCGGCAGCUCCUCCGUGAGAGGUGUGAAGAAGAAGAACAAGCGCAGAUACUGCUGCGUUAAGGAUUGCCACAACUGCGAAGGUGAUGACGGCAUCAAAUUUUACCGCUUCCCUUCAAGACCGUGGGAAGCAAACCGGCGGCUGAAGUGGAUCGUCGCGGUUCGGCGCGUCAACGGUGAUGACCUCUCACAUUGGAGCCCGAAUAACAAUACGAGAAUUUGUUCGAGGCACUUCGUCAACGAAGAAAAAAGCAACAUCGAGAAUCAUCCGGGUUACCUGCCAACAAUAUUCGCACCCGUCUACAAGAAGCGGUCCACGGUUCCUGCUGCACAGAUUUCCAGGUUCAGCAGGUGGAUGCACAGAUCUGCGGCUUCAGCUACUGCAGCGCCUUGUGCGGCAGAAGUAGCAGAAUUUGAUGCUGAAGAUGCCAGCAGCAGUGCCCUCUCUGUAGCAGCCGAGGUGACUGGCGAUUCUAUAGAUGCAGCAGCAUGGGAUGGCCUGAACGUGUUGUGCGCUGCUGCUGAGGUCCACGUAGCAGCCAGAUCAGUGGAAACUCAAACAUCGGAGACGAGCAGCGUGACCACAAGCUUUUCAGUGUUUAUUUGCUGCACUGAAGGCAACAACCUGUCAACGCAGAUAACCCACCACGAGACACAAGUGCGAGUUCAUGUGGAGAGGAUGAUCCAGAGAAUUAAAGUGCAUAACAUCUUAAACAACAGGGUGCCAAUUGAAAUGAUAGCACUCAUGACAGACGUGUUUCACGUGUGCUGUGUGCUGGCGAACCUUCAGCCUCCAAUAAUUAAGUUCAGUUAAAUCACUGAGAAUCAAGUCAUCUAGCGCAGCAACUGCCUCAUUUAACAGAUUCCACUGGCCGACACUGUUGUUGAGCAACUGCUCUAGUCGGACAAAGAGCACCUGUCUUGCUUGAAUCCUGUCACCGGUGUUUGCAGAUUUAAGACACCAGAAAGAUGUACUCACUUUUAAUCUGCCAAUAAACUUUGACACAUGCGGACAUUUUACAAUCAGUAUUUAUUGUUCCCACUUCAUUUCACAAGCAUGAAUAUGUGGGUGCAGUUUUCUUUGACCAUGUAAAAGGAAAAGGUGUCGCCUCAGAUCAGAAAAUUCAAUGCACAAACUUC